AUGUCGUCGUUACGAUCACGUUCUCAGUCGAGAAACAUGAGUGGCAAUGGACCAAUGCAGAGGAGGGCGAUAGGCCAUAUGGAAACAUCGUCGGAAGACUUUACACAUGGUCAGGGAACUGUUACGAGCAAACCAACCUCACGACUGCCAGCUCCCCGUUUCACCACACAAAGCCGAAUUCCGCAAAAUCCUGCUGCCAGGAGACCCUCGGCUUCCAAUACGCAACCGCAUGUCAAGGAUGCGGGCCAGCCCUGGAACUCGACAGCUUAUUCUUCGCAGUCUACACCUGCAUACAAGUCAUCAGCCAUACCGGUCAAGGAGAAAGAGAUCGGUACUACUCAACCUCGUGCUCGACCUGUUCUGAGACGUAAGCAGUCCCUGGUCCCUACUGGAUCAUCCAACGCUCGAAACCCCCCCUUAGCCAACCAUGAAAAGGCCAACUCGACAUCAAUGAUGCCACGGCCCCAAGUUCUGGUGGAUUUGCCAGCACCGCGCCUGGAGCAAAAUGUCCCCAAAGCGCCAGUGGAGAAUCACAUUCCUCUCAAAGUCGACCUCCCAGUGACAAGGACCGAAACUCUUUACCCAGAACUGGACAGAUAUCGCAAUAUUCAGGUCCCGCGUGAUGGCCCUGCCAGUGAAAUGCUGUUCCGUCUAGCCACUCAUGACUUGCCACCUCCGACGCCAUUAUUCUCUGGGGCAAGUAGUCACAGCCAAUUGAGCAGCUUCAGUGGCAGUCCAUCUACCAGAUUUUCCGAGUCUCCCGGCGGUGGCCCAUAUAGUCGGGAUACAACUCCAACCUCCAUGUCAUCGGUAUCUCCCGGCUUGGUGUUUCCUUCACGCAGCACUGUGACACGAAUAAAACAGCCAUCCCGUCCGCCAGUCACCCGGAGACGCGCUGGAAGUACCACAAGGGCUGAUGAUGAUGAUGAUGCUUCUGACAUAGACUCACAUGCUCUAUCAAUUGUUCAAGAAUCUUUGGCAUCAUCUUCGUCCAGCUCUACAACGGUUCGCGAUGUUGAAAAGAAUUCCAAAAAGAAAGGACUCCUGGACUUGCGACCACCGAAUCCGCCUCCAAGAAAGUCUUCUCACAAGCUCAGGAAGGAGUAUGACAACCAUGCUUCACCAUCCAAGACAUCUCGGAAACAGGCCCCUUUAGUGAUGCGAUCUCCAUCUCCGGUACGAUCUCCACCACAAACGCUGCCGCUCAACGUUCAAAAAGUCACAGCAUCUCCUCAAGCGCGUGCGACACCACCGUCAAGACCGAGCAGAGAAAAUACCCCUGACCUCUAUUCCCAGUUUGGAGGGCCUCUGCCAAUAAUUCAGAGCAACUUGUCGUCUACCAGCCUCACGGAACGUCGACGCAGUGGCCAGAUUGCUCCAAGUUCUUUGCCUAGGUCUAUGAGCUCGACGAGUAUCCAAGAUCAGCAAAUUCGGCCAAAAGUUCCCGUGAGUCGCCAACCAACGCCAAACCCGAAACCCACACCCACCUCGCUACCUCAACCUGGAAAGGCCGAGCCUGGUCGACCGACUCGCACACCCAGUCCCGGUGUUUCUACCUUUAGAUCAAAAUUCGGACUCUUCACUCGGCGGAAGACGGAUUCAGAUGCCAAUACCGACAAGAAGGAAAAGCCUUCAAGGAAAGGACCCGCGGCUGGGACUGGCCACGAGGGUUAUGGCAAGAUGGGAGCCGUGAGACGGCGCAACAGCAGUACAGCGCCUCCAGCUGGGGCCUCUUCUUCAUCAGACAGCCUGGCAAGCACACAAUCCGUAGACCCAUUUUUCCUUGCGCGUCUCAAUCCGGUGGUUAUUGCAGGCGGCGAGAUCAUUGAAAAUAGGAAUGCCAGUGCUGAAAUCAGCCGCAACGACAGUAGCCAGAGUCUCGCAUACACUCGGCCCAGCAUUGAUUCCCGGAAAGGCUCUUCGACGUCUCUUUCUUCUAGGGAAGAUGCAAGAAACACGCUGUGGCCCUCCGCCAUGCCACACCCCUCUCACUCUCACCGUCCAUCCAACAGUAGCGAUAUUGGGGCUGACCCCAUGAAAUCUACCCUUGCUUUCAGGCGCUCCAUCCAGCGACUCGGUACAACCGGCGACCACAAGCCCGUCAACCUGCCACAACCCAUCAAUACACGAGGCAUCACUUCACCAUCUCUCGCGAGUGUUGACACCAUUUUCACGGACGACUCUCUGGCCUUGUCGCAAUCAGAUCUAGAAUUGCCUCAAACGCAAUUAGCACCAGCACCGAGAAAGCUGACAAAGCGGCCAAAGUCUCCACGAAAGUGGAAUUUAUUUGGUAGGUCGCAAAAGAAAGACACAACCGCGACAAAACCAACUGCAGUAGACGUUGCACCAAGCAAACCGGUUGCUUUUUAUACGAUAAUUGACUCAUCCGAGCAAGAGGAUUCGGAACGUCCAGAUAUCACAGAUAUCUUGAGAGACGCUGACAUUGUGGUUCCACCAAGCCUGCCAGCCCAAAGUACCACAGGGCAGGGCCAUGAACGAAAUCCCUCAACGCUGAGUCAAGAUAGCGCUGAUCAGCCGACACAGCCGACACAGCCGACACUUGCGCAGGGAGUUGCGAUGAGCCAGAAGCAAAACUCACCCAUGAUCUUCCAACCACAGAUUUCAUUGCAGCACAAGCCAGUUGACGUUGAGAUGAAGACAGGACAAAUCAAGACAAGUGUGGGUAGGCCUAGUCGCCUGCCACAAGUGGGAAGAAUUCCAAAGGUGGUCAACCGGCGCCCAGAACAUACAUCAACAAAGAGCUUCUCACGGCCGUUCAAUCGCAUCAGCUUGCAGCUUCCUCCGCCAAAUCGUCGCAGCAUGAAUGGUGACUCCAUUGCCAAAGGACCUAGUCCACCAACGUCGUCCACGCCUGAGCUCUCACAAGAUGCGUCCACCAUUACAACUAGCACCGUUGGUCCUCCACCCAGAUCUCUUGGGCACAAGAAGAGCCGCUCGCUCGAUUCUGCACGGCCUAGCGGGGAAUUCCUUGCGUUUCCUAUAAGGAAAGGAUCGGAAUGCACGACAAGCUCCAGCUCCAGCAGCUCCGGGAUCGCACUCUUUGCACAGCAUGUUGCUGUGAUCCCUGCGCCGACUGCGCCCCUGGCAGAGGAUGAAAUCUGGGACGAGUACAAUGACCUGCUCGGUGAUGUCCCGCCGUCAGCAACAUCAUCGAGAGGCAUUCCAUUUCACCUGGAAAACUAUGGCACCAAACUGGCAAAGAGAAUUACCGGGCCGCUCGAGUCACCUACUGUACGCACCUUUCCACCUCAGGAGCAGGCAGAGGAAGAACCAAAGGACGAAGCAAAAGAUGUCCGAAGUUCCAUCACAACCGGAAAGUCUACUUCAAGUCACUUCAGUGCUGAUAUGACAGCUCGUAUCAACGCAGCCUUUCGAUUCGGGACCGAGCCUCCAGAGACUCCAUUCUCAGUCUCAGAAUUUGUGUCCGAGUACGAGGAUAGGAACAACACUACAGAAUCCCCGGAUAUCCGCAGGUCCGUUCAGAGAAGCAGUGCUAGUUCGGCAAAGAGUCGUCAGACCAGAGCUUCAGGCAGCAGCAGUGCCAGUGACGAAUCUCCACUUGCUCAAGUGAACCUUAGAGUAGGUUCGAUGACAGUUAGUAAAUGGCUCACUUUUGGGCAUGUGCUAUUCAGCCCAGCUCGAGAUGAGCUCGUUCCCGUGGUUGGAUCACUCAAGCGACACUCUAUCCUGGUCAUUGACGGACUUGGCAACGACGAUUGGUCAUUCUAUGCCGCUGAAACUUACCCUGCGGCAACUUUCUUCAACCUAUCUCCUCGUGCACCAGUGUCUCAGGAGCAACGCACUGCGACACAAUUCCCAGCAUCACCAUCAAAUCAUCACCAGAUCCAAUAUACCUCCCACAUGGACAAGUUUCCGUUUGGAUCCGAGAGCUUCACCACAGUCGUCUUUCGAUUUCCCGCCAUGGCUCCGGAAUCCCACUACCGUAAUAUCAUUUCUGAAGCUCGACGCGUUCUCAAGCCUGGUGGAUAUGUCGAACUUUCGAUCCUCGAUGUCGACUUGAACAAGAUGGGAAGUCAUACUCGGCGCGCCGUUCGACAGCUGAAGGAGCGCAUCAGCGCACAGCAAGCUGAGAUUAGCCUCAGUAGCACUGCAGAUACCAUACUACGCCUCCUUGGAAAGCAAGGGUUCACCGACAUCAAGAACUGCUGGGUCGGUGUCCCUGUAGCCAGUGCGAUUGCCGGCUCUUCAUCAGAACGUGGUUCGCGGAGACGAACAAAGGACGAACGGAGCCUGGCCGAAAUGAUGAACGAUGAGACGGAAAAGGGCGACGCCAAUAUUACCAAGAUGGUUGCAAAGGUUGGCCGCUGGUGGUACAACCGCCUGUACGAGACCUCGACAGGCAUGAAGACAUCGAUUUGGAGAGACCGCACAGUCUUGACUGAGUGCGAGGAGUACGAUACGAGACUAAAGCUCAUGGUCUGUUAUGCAAAGAUUCCAGAGACAAAGACGCGACUCGCAAGCAUUUGA